AUGGAUGACCACAUCAACAACCAGGUUAUUGAAGAAAAGCAGAAGAGAGCAAUGAGGAGAGUGAAGACUGAGACCAAUCGCUCAGUGUGUAUCUCCUCAGGACCUGAGGAUUCAGGGAGAACACUCUAUAGGAUGGUUGCUGUGAGUUUUGGGAUGCUGUGUGUUCUACAAGUCACUCUCAACAUCUCCCUGAGACUACUAUGGACGAGUUACAACAACCUGACUAAAGAGAGAGACCAGCUACAGACUAGUUACAACACCAUGACUAAAGAGAGAGACAAGCUACAGACUGAGAGAGAUUUUCUUAGCGGGAGGCUUACCAAUCUCAAACAAACAUGUCCUGAAGGCUGGCAGAAAUUUGAAUCCAGUUGGUACUUCCUGUCUACUGAGACUAAAACCUGGGAGAAGAGCAGAGAGGACUGUCUGGAGAGAGGAGCAGACCUGGUGAUCAUAAACAGUGAUAAGGAACAGACAUUUCUCGUCAACCUCAAGAAGAGAGUCUGGAUUGGUCUGACUGACUCUGUUAAUGAGGGGACCUGGAAAUGGGUGGACGGCACCCCACUGACCACAAGGUACUGGUAUGACCCAGAGCCUGAUAAUGGUGGUGCCAAGCCAGAAAAUGGUGAGGAGGACUGUGUUGAGAUACGCACAGAUCAGAGUCCUCUGAAGGCAUGGAAUGACAUGUCAUGUGACAGGAAACUGAACUGUAUUUGUGAGAAAGUGCUUUAACAUCACCAUGACAA